AUGAAUAGCCAAGACGGCAUCAAGUUGGAGGCUCGAAGGAGCGAGGAAGGCCAUGGCCUUCUGCACGGCGACGAGAAGCUUGACAGCCGCGACAACUUCGACCUCGAGGCUCGUGCUGGCGCUGUCGACAGCCAGACCGAGAAGCUCAAGGAGAAGCCUGUCGAAUACUCCACGUUGCCUCAAGUCAAGUUUGCCUGGCUCAGCGCAUACUUCUGCUUCAGCUUGGUCCUCACCUUGUACAACAAGCUGGUCCUCGGCGUGGUACGUGACUGUCCCCUCUCCUCGCCUGGGCCUCUUUUCCCUUCCCAUGGCUCCUGA